AUGAAAAAGGGCACUCUUUUCGAAUGGGACCAAGCUUGUAGUAAUGCCUUUGAGAGCAUCAAGUCUUACUUUAUAAAACCACCAGUUUUAGUAGCUCCUGUUCCUGGAAAGCCAUUGAUACUUUACAUAUCAGCUCAAGAAAGAUCAGUGGGAGCAUUCUUAGCCCAAGAGAAUGGCAAAGGGAAAGAAAAUUCCCUUUACUACUUGAGUAGGAUGAUGACACCAAAUGAGUUGAAGUACUCGCCAAUCGAAAAGCUAUGUUUGGCCUUAGUCUUCUCAAUUCAGAAGAUGAAACACUACUUUCAAGCUCACGUCGUCCGUCUUAUUUCUAAAGCCAACCCCAUCAAAUUUGUGAUGUUGAAACCUGUCCUCAAUGAUCGACUAGCAAGAUGGUAUCUCCAGUUUCAGCAAUUUGAAAUUGUGUAUGUUCCUCAAAAGGCAGUAAAAGGGCAAGCAUUGACAGACUUCUUAGCAGACUACCCGAUACCUGAUGAUUGGGAACUCACUGAUGAAUUACCUGAUGAAGAUGCAAUGGUUGUUGAAGUUCAACCGCCUUGGAAGAUGUAUUUUGAUGGGGCCUCACAUCGCGAAGGAGCUGGAGCUGGGGUAAUAUUUGUCACUUAUCGAGAGGAGAUCUUGCCGUAUUCCUUCACCUUAACGCAAUGUUGCUCCAAUAAUGUUGCAGAAUAUCAAGCCUUAAUACUUGGGCUUGAAAUGGCGGUUGGUAUGAAGCAAUUGCAAUUACAAGUUUUUGGAGACUCUAAAUUAGUGAUCAAUCAAUUGUUGGGUAGCUAUGAAGUCAAAAAGCUAGAAUUGCGUCUCUAUCAUGACUAUGCACAAAAAUUGAUUAGAUGGCUCGGAGAUGUAACUUUUCAACAUGUUCCAAUAAAGGAGAAUAAGAAAGCUGAUGUUUUAGCCGCUUUGACUUCAACUUUAACUUUGCCUAAUCAAGCGCAAAUCACUAUCUGCCAAAAAUGGAUAGUACCACCAGAUGUGGAUGAAGAAAGAAAAUUUGAACAUCUUGUAGCUGUCUCACAGGCUGAGAUAGUCGAUUGGAGACAUGCUCUGAUUGAUUACUUGUGUUACAAUAUACUUCCAGAAGAUCGAAAGAAAAGGACUGAAAUUCGUCGUCGUGCUCCUAGGCUUCUUUACUACAAAGAUACUCUAUAUCGAAGAUCAUUCGAUGGAGUCCUCUUGCGUUGUUUGGGGGAAAAAGAAGCGAUUCAAGCUAUGCAAGAAGCACAUUCUGGAGUUUGUGGAUCACAUCAAUCUGGACCCAAGUUACACUUUCAUAUAAAAAUAAUGGGGUAUUAUUGGCCAACAAUGGUAAAAGAUUGCUUGGAUUAUGCUCGAAGAUGUCAAGCAUGCCAAUUUCAUGCAAACUUUAUGCACCAACCUCCUGAAGUAUUACAUUCGACUGUUGCAUCUUGGCCAUUUGAUGCUUGGGGGCUAGACGUGGUUGGACCACUACCUAAAUCUUCUGGUGGUCACUUGUACAUCUUGGCUGCGACAGAUUACUUCUCAAAAUGGGCUUAG